AUGCUUAUAGGAUUUAAUAAUGAAGAAUCUGAAAUCAAAUUUUCUAUAUAUUGUACUUAUAUAAUUUAAUAUAGAACAAAUAUACAUAUGUAGACGAUUAUUCAGACUUGGAAAGAGUCUUUAAACUAUUCUAAAUAUUUUAGAGAAAUAAUAAUUACAAAAUCCAAAAAAAAAAUACAAUCAAAUUCCACAUACAGUAAAUGAAAUGUCUACAUAUUCUACUUAUAUAUUUUAUUUCUUUUUUCAUUUACUUGAAAAUAUUAUGGUCAUUCAUUAAAUGGGAUUUUUUGAGAAAAAAUUUAAUCAUAAAUUAUUAAAAAUAGUAUCACAUACAUUUUGGACUUUAGGACUGAUAACUUAACUUGUUUAUUAUUUGAAUAGGUUAAGAACAGCAUUUAGAAGGUAUUUUAAUCUUUAUUAACGAGAGAGUAAGAAUUGAAAUCUUAAAUCUAAAAUGGAAUGACUAAUGGUGAAUUUCUUGCAUAGUUGAAGUAGUUUUCUAAAGAAAGAUAUUAAUAUGUAUUGUUAAUUUUAAGAAUUAUUGGUGAUAUGGCUUGUGCAAUGCAAAAAUCAUAAAUCCCUGAAAAAAUUGUAAUAAAUUUGCUUAUUUUAGUUACAUACAAGAUUCAAUAGAGGUCUAGUUGCUUGUGGAGGUUUAUUAAGUUCAUCAAUCUAAAUUUAUUUAUAAGCAGCAAAAAUAUAUAAAAAAUAAAAUGUUAGUGAAGUAUGA